CUUUGCUUGUUUGGAAUCUCUCUCUCUCUCUCUCUCUCUCUCUCUCUCUCUCUCUCUUAUCUUCCCAUGAAAAAACUUGCACUGCAUUGCUCUUCUCAUGUGCGCUAUCUUCAACUCUAAUUUCAUCAACCUCUAAAAAUUGCCAAGCCCCAUUUUCUUUCCUCUCCUAUCUCUCUCUUCAUAAACUCAAUCUCACAAAACAGAGUCUGUCAUAAUUCACCAUUACUACUACUAUUGUCAUAUACUCCCCUGCUCUUUCUUUUUUUUGAACCUCCAAAAAAAAAAAAAAAAAGUGUCUCUUUUGCUUAUAGAUGUUAAAUGCUUCACGUUUUCACUGAAUUUUCAGAUUCUAUUUGAAAUGGGUUUGCUUAGAAUUUCAAGGGUAUUGGUUUUUCUUUUCUGGGUUUUCUCACUUUUUUGCUUGAAAGCAAACUGUGAUAGUUCAGGGAUCUCUCUGAAGUUCUUGAAGACUCCUCAUGCAUUCUCCAAAAGGAACUCAGCCACAUUUGCAUUUCAAGUUUUGAACUGCUCAAAUUGUAGCUUCACUUGCAAGCUAGAUGAUGGGAUUGCUUCAAAUUGUGAAGCAAGAAAAGUUUCAUAUUUGGGAUUACAAGACGGGAAUCAUACAUUUGAAGUAUGCACAAACGGGCUUGUUGGAGUUGGGUGUGCUAGCUAUAACUGGACUAUUGAUACAGUGCCUCCAACAGCAAAUGUUAGGGUCUCGAAUUCUUUUACGAACGAUUUCAAUAUUUCUGUAAAUAUUUCUUUUACUGAACCAUGUACUGGUGGAGGAGGUUUCAAUUGUUUGUCCAUUAAUGCCUGCAACUUGCUAGUCUAUGGUGCUGGCCAAGUUAUACCAAGUUCACUGAAUGUUCUGCAGCAAAAUCGUAAAUAUUCACUUCUUGUUAGUCUGGCAGCUAAUGUUCAGUUUGGACGAGUAAUCCUGGUAAUGGAUAAGAAUUUCUGCACAGAUAAUGCUAGAAACAGAUUCACAAGAACAUCAAAUUCUAGUUUCAUUGUGCAUUUUGAUAGAAGAAUUGUAUUUGCCAACAUGAGGAUUCGAAUUCCUGAAAAGCUACUUCAGUUGGAUGGUCAAACUAGGACAGUGCAGGCAACUAACAGUUAUAACAAUCUCAAAGUGCAUUUAUACUUCUCAUCACCAGUUCUUAAUUCCUCUCAAGAGAUUCUAAAUUCUCUCAGCAUAAGUCAAGGCACACUUGUUCCUACUAGCGGAAACAACCUUGCGAAUCGCAGAUUUGGCUUUCUGGUUGCAAAUGUGUCUAAUGUUGCUAUAGUCACAGUUAGUCUCAAUUCAAAUCCUAUAAUAAGCAGACAAGGGACACCAGUUUCACCAAUUCUGCCAGUAACGUUUCUUUAUGAUUCUAAGAGGCCUUCCGUGAAGUUAAGUACAACAUCUAAUAUGAGGACAAGAGAAAACAUCAUUCCCAUAUCAAUAAAAUUCAUGAAGCCUGUAUUUGGUUUCAGCUCAUCUAAUGUAUCAUUCUCGGGUGGGGAUUUACAAAGCUUUCGCCAAAUAAAUUGGAGCACGUACCUUUUUGAAAUACAUGCAACAAAUGAUAUUGUAUCCAUAAAUGUUCCUGAAAAUGUAACUGGUGAUGUUGCUGGAAACAAAAAUCUAGCAUCCAAUGUUCUGCAAGUGAGACACUACUCGAUACCAAUGAUGGCUUCUGUGAUUUCUGCAUUUGUAACUGCAACUUUUGCUUUGACAUCUCUCACUGCGGGGAUUCUUGCUUUUUCAACUGCUAAUGUACAAACACUUUGGGCUUAUGCAAGAGCACCUUUGACUGCUGAUCCUGCAAGAAAUCUAUUUAGACUUGCUAGCCACAUUCAGGUUUUUGCACUCUCUAGAUGGUUGUCUGUUACAUUGCCAGUUGAGUAUUAUGAAUUUGUGAGGAGUUUAGGAUGGAGUAUCCCUAGCUUUGGUCUGCCAUGGGAAACUGGGAACAGCCGCCCAGUAAUGGUGGGAUCUACUCCUUUUACCAGCUCAAGUUCUUAUAUUUCCAAGAUUUACAGUUCAGAGUAUUUCCAAAGCAUGGAAAUGAAAGAAGGGAAUUCAAAUGUGACUAAUUCAGUAUAUGGGCAGCCACUUCUUCCAAUGGAAUACAGAUUAUAUUUCGAGAAUCCAAAUCUUAAACCAGAAGCUGAAUAUCUUUUGGACCGUCAAAACUCAAACGGGUGGGGAGAUUUCAGUAGAAGCAUGUUCUGGUUAGCUGUGAUUGGUGGCAGUUUAAUACUGCUUCAUAUUUUAGUGCUUUUUAUCCUAAAGUUGAGGAAAAAAUUAUAUGAAAAUAAGAAGGAUUAUGGAGCACUCACAUUCCCAAGAUUUGAGAUAUUUCUUAUAAUUCUCGCACUUCCUUGUAUUUGUGAGGCUUCUGCCACUUUAGUUAAAGGCAAAGAAGCAUCAGGGUUUAUAGUUGGCAUUCUGUUGUUGACUGUCGUGCUCUUUCUGCUGCUGGCUUUGUUCCUUUUCCUCUCCGUUGGAAUUACAUUUGGGAAGCUACUUCAAUACAAGGAAGUUCAUCAAGAACGUCAAACAUUCCAUUGGUAUCAAGAGCUUGUCCGGGUUACAUUAGGUCCGGGUAAAAGAGGCCAAUGGACAUGGAAAAACCAAGCAAGUUCUGUUUAUCAGAUCAUUUUAGGACCUCUAUUUGAAGAUCUAAGAGGUCCUCCAAAAUAUAUGCUAUCACAGAUUUCCGGAGGCAAUCCCCACAAACCCGGUGAUUGUAUCAUUGCCUCUGAUGAUGAAACAGAAGAUGCAGAAGCACCAUUUAUUCAGAAACUGUUUGGCAUACUCAGAAUAUACUACACAUUGCUCGAAUGUCUAAAACGUGUUUCUCUUGGGCUAAUGGCCGGCGUGUACAUGGAAAACUGGUCUUCCAAAACUCCAUCACUUACCUUAUUAUGCAUCACUUCUUUCCAACUUUUCUUUCUUGUUCUCAAGAAGCCAUUCAUCAAGAAAAAGGUUCAGCUGGUUGAGAUAAUCUCAGUUUCCAGUGAAGUGUGUUUGUUUGCAAUCUGUGUAUUUCUCUUGGAGAAGGAAUUAUCUAUGGGGGAUCAGACUAAAGUUGGAAUCUCCAUGAUCAUACUGUUCCUCAUUGGAUAUGUUUCUCAGAUGAUCAAUGAGUUGUAUGCUUUAUACAGACAGACAAUGCUAUUGGACCCCGCUGAGAAGUCUUUCUUAACAGGUUUGAAAAUAGCUUCGGUGGGCUGUAUCCUAUUGUUCCUCCCACAAAAUUUGAUCAAGAAGCUGGAAAGCAGAUUCAUAGUGAACCAAACUGGAAAUACAGAAUCUGGGGAUGCUGGAAUGAGGAAUUUAGGUACAGCUGAUAAGCCAUGGUCAAAACAGCUGAGAGAAUUGGCAAAAGCUAGUUUCAGUAAAGAAAGAAGUACAACGGCUACAAGUGAUCCUUCAACCAGUCGAUCCAGAUGGAGUGGGCUUUGGAGCACCAAAAGGAGUGGGAGUCCAUCUGCAAGUUUUUCUGCUGAUUCAAAACCAAAAGCUAAACAUUUAUACAAAGAUUUAGAAGAUAUAUUUGCUUCCAAGUGAAACCAAAACUACCAUUUUCACGAACAGAAAGAUCAUAUUCGAGUUCUUUGUUAAAGUUGUCUACUUCUUCUCCACAUCUAAUUCAUAGUCAUUAAAGAUUGGAUUGUGGGUGAUUGAUGUGGUUUUGACCCAUUAUAAGGUUGUACGUAUAGUUAUGGUUUACAAUUAAAAUUCAUGUAUGAAAGCUGAUUUAUUUGUUAGUAUGUAUGAUAA